AGCGGUGGCUGCGCUAUGGGCAGGAGGAGCCGGCGGGCAGCCGACAGCUCGUCCUCGGGGGAGGAGGAGGAGUAUGUGGUGGAGAAGGUUCUGGAUCGGCGCGUGGAGGGCCAGGCCGAGUACCUGCUCAAGUGGAAGGGCUUCUCCGAGGAGCACAACACGUGGGAGCCCGAGAAGAACCUGGACUGUCCCGAGCUGAUCUCGCAGUUCCUGCGCAAGGACCGCAGGAUGAGGGACAUGAGGGACAUGAGGGACAGUGACGGGACACGGCCCCGGGAGCGCCCCUAGCGCAAGGGACUGCCCGGGAGCGAGGACGGGAGAGCCAAGAAGAAGAGAGAGAGCAACGACAUCGCCCGCGGCUUCGAGCGGGGGCUGGAGCCCGAGAAGAUCAUCGGGGCCACCGACUCCUGCGGGGACCUCAUGUUCCUCAUGAAGUGGAAGGACACGGACGAGGCCGACCUGGUGCUGGCCAAGGAGGCCAACCUCAAGUGUCCCCAAAUUGUCAUCGCGUUCUACGAGGAGCGGCUGACGUGGCACGCGUACCCCGAGGACGGUGACAGCAAGGAGCGGGACCCCCCCCGCAGCUAAACCCCCCCCCUGUACAUAGCCCCCCCUCGGUGGGGACCCCCGGGACUGUCCCCUGUCCCCCCCAGUGUCCCCAGGGGACAGGGCUGGGGUGACGCUCCCCCUGGGGGUGUCCCCAGCCUGUCCCCACCCCUCACCCCCCUCCCCGGGCGGAUUUGGGGGGGUGGCCCCGGGUUUUGGUGUUUUUUAAAGUCGGUGUUUUUAGCUGGGGCCACCCCCCGGGGUGUCCCCGUGUCCCCUCUGUCCCCUCCCCGUGUUGUCCCCAAGGCUCCUCCCCCCGGAUUUGCUGCCAAUAAACGGUCACUUUUCA